AUGGACUUUCGAAAACUGGCACGAGCCGUACCAUCAUCUCAUGCGGCACAAAAUUUCACUGAUCCGCUGUCACUCACCGAUCUGCCCCCCAACAUACUGGAAACGCUGAUUCCAGGCUACAGCCUGAUCUCGCGCUAUGUGUAUGCCACUUUCGGCUUUGAUCCAUCCCUCAUCGUCUCGGCAGGACUUGUAGCACUCGCGUUGAUGAAGGGAUCGUCGUAUCUAUUUGCAAUGCUCGAGAGGGCCUUCCGCAGAUGCUUCAUGUCGUCCAUCUACAUCGACGAGCAUGAUGACUUGUUCCAGAUGGUCAUGGCGUGGCUCGCCGAGAGCCAGCAAUUUGGCUCCCGACGAUCGUUGAGAGCUAAGACGCAGACGGGUGCGAAAGCUGAGGAUGGGGCUGACGAUAUCGCGGGAGAUGCACUGAACGAGAAUGGUAUCUUUGACUACACCCGGUGGAGUGCCCGGUUGCCUCCCCGAUUCGAGCCGUACUAUGGUCAGAACUACAUGUUUCACAACGGCACGCUCUUUUUCUUCAAGAGAUCGCAACGCCAGGGCAAUCAGCGCGUCCAGGUCACUUUCAACGGAAGUGCCGAAGACGACCUGCUGCAGCUCGAUUGCAUCGGCCGCAGCACGGAUCCGAUCAAGGAAUUACUCAGAACAAUCAAGGUAUGGUCGCUGAAUCGACAGCGGAACACCACGACCAUUCGUCAUCCUACACCCAAGGAAAGAGCUCGCUUUGGAGGCUCGUGGACCAAGACCUCCAGCCGACCCUCUCGCCCCAUGGAGACGGUCAUUCUGGAUGCGGAGCAAAAGUCUAUGAUCAUUCGGGAUAUGAAUGAGUACCUGCAUCCGGCCUCCGCUCGCUGGUAUGCCGCUCGAGGUAUCCCGUACCGUCGUGGCUAUCUAUUUCACGGCCCCCCAGGUACGGGAAAGACCAGUUUGUCAUUCGCCUUGGCAGGUAUCUUCGGUCUUGAGAUCUAUGCUAUCAGCUUACAAGAGCCGACUCUGACGGAGGGCGACUUGCUUCAGUUAUUCAAUGGCUUGCCGCGACGCUGUAUCGUGCUGCUGGAAGAUGUGGAUGCCGCGGGUCUGCUCAGAGAUCGUGCAAGUGACGAAAAGAACAAGCCCAAGAGUAAGAAAGAUGGCAAGCAGACGGGAAAGCAAGGAGAAGAAGGUAAGGAAAAGGCGGCAGCGGCAGAAAAGGGCGAUGACUACACGCUGAAGGAUUUGGCUCGCGAACUCAAGGCCAUCAGCACUCCAGCUCAACGGGGUGGUCCACACGCCACGAUGCAGCAAAACAACGGCGCCGGGCCAAAUCGUGCACCUGGUACGGGUAUAUCACUUUCGGGACUUCUCAAUGCCAUCGAUGGCGUCGCAAGUGCGGAAGGACGAGUCCUGAUCAUGACGACGAAUCAUGCCGAGAAGCUGGAUGCCGCGCUCGUCCGUCCAGGCAGAGUUGAUCGAAAAGUGGAAUUCCAGCUCGCCGCCAAAGACCAGAUACGCGAGCUGUUUGUACGAAUGUACGCUGCCAGCGACCAGGUCCCCGACAUUGAACUCACCCUCACUGACCAACUCCCAAAUGGCCACACGAAGUCUAGUAGUAGUAAUAGUAGUAGUGAGAAGCCGAAGCUCAACGGUUAUGCCAAUGGUCAUGUCCACGCACUGGCUCGUGGAGAGAAUCAGCUUUCCGUGCUGUCUGGAGGUGAUCUAGAAGAAUUGGCGGUCGAGUUCGCUGCACAACUACAGGACAACACGUUCACGCCGGCAGAAAUCCAGAACCAUCUCAUGAAAUACAAAAAAGAGCCACGAACGGCGGUACAAUUGGCGCGGGUGUGGGCGGAGAAUUUGCUGAUGGAGAAGGACAAGGAAGCGAGAGCGCGAGAGCAAGGUCAAGAUGAGGAGGAUGAGUGCAGAUAGUUACCUGUAUCUACCUACCUAAUAACAACUUGCUUGGAAGUCCGGUAAAAGGUACAGAUUGAGGCAAUUUGAUAGAUGGACUAUCUAGAUUUGAAUAGAGUCAGGUCAAUGUACCUGUGUAUCUG